ACACGCAACACAGAAGCAGCUUCUGGAAACAGUGUUUUGACCUCUGGUGAGAACAUCUUCGGUUCUCCACACUGACCCAAGACAAGACGGGGAGCGACCCACUUAGGACUCCCCCACCGAGACCAUUAACGCUGCUGCCAUCGAUACGUGAAGCGUUUCAGAUCACUCAUUGGGGAGGCAUAUCCACUGACAGGCACGUUAUUACUCAUUGGCCGCACUUCCGUAGAUUGUGUUUCAGACGUUAGGGAGCUCCCGAGUCAUCCUCCAGGCGUUUAUGUCACUUGUACGUGUGGCUGCAUCUGUCUGCCAUCGGAGGAGAGGCCACUCACCUGCAGAGAGAGAACUCUGAAGACCUGGAAGGGGUCUCUGUUGCAUGAUAGGUACAGCAAACUGUGAACACUGACUGUCAAAAGAUGUCCCACCAAACUGGAAUUAAUGCAACACCCGAGCUUAAACAGUUCCUGGCUCGAGCAAGAAGAGGUUACAUCAGAAUAAUGAAGAUCAUAAUCAGCAAUGAGGAGUUGGUGUUAGAUUCAUACAGAGAGCCUGCCCAGAGCUGGGACAAGGACUUUGAUCAGUUUCUGCUUCCUCUUCUAAAGCCUCAGGAGCCCUGUUACAUCCUUUACCGUCUGGAUUCCCAGAAUGCACAGGGACACGAGUGGAUAUUCAUUGCAUGGUCGCCUGACCAAUCACCAGUGCGGCAGAAGAUGAUGUACGCUGCAACCCGUGCCACAUUGAAGAAAGAGUUUGGAGGAGGUCACAUCAAAGAUGAAAUGUUCGGCACAGUCGAGGAUGAUCUGUGCUUUCAGGGAUAUAUACGCCACAGAGCCUCCUGUUCCUCUCCAGCUCCUCUUACAGCAGCCGAACAAGAGCUCCAACGAAUAAAAGUCACUGAGGAUAAAGUGGUCUUGGAUGAACGGAGAAGAAUCGGAACCCCAACGGCACGAGCAAGGGUCACAAUGGAGUUUGGUUUAGACAGGAGGACUCAGACUCUUCAGGGUCUUGCCUUCCCUUUACAAGAAGAUGCCAAACGAGCUCUGCAGCAACUAAAGCAGAAACGAAUCAACUACAUUCAGCUGAAGCUGGAUGUGGAAAAAGAGACGAUUGAGUUGGUUCACACCAAACCCACAGAAACCCACGAGCUUCCCUUCAGGAUUCCUACAGAUUCUCCUCGAUAUCACUUCUUCAUCUUCAAGCAUUCCCAUCAAGGCCAGAUUCAGGAGGCGCUGGUCUUUAUAUACUCGAUGCCUGGCUACACCUGCAGCAUCAAGGAGCGGAUGCUGUACUCUAGCUGUAAGAAUAGGUUACUGGAGGAGGUGGAGAGAGACUAUCACUUGGAAGUCACCAAGAAGAUGGAGAUAGACAGCGGCGAUGGGCUGACAGAAGACUUUCUCUAUGAGGAGGUUCAUCCCAUAGAGCACACCUUAAAGCAGGCUUUCGCUAAGCCCCAUGGACCAGGAGGGAAGAGGGGCAGCAAACGCCUCAUCAAGGAGAGGGGAGAGAACGGGGGGGAGAAUUAGACAUCACACCCAAAAAAUAUCUGCAAGCAAUUUUAGAAAUAUUGAAUACUGAUUGCCUGUUAUUUCCAUGUUAAGUUUUUUGUCACUUGUUCUAUAUUGCUAUUCAAAGAUAAUUUUUGAAAGUAAAAUUAAGUAAGGUGUAGAUCUGUCCUAAAGGUAAAACUAAUAAGUCACUAUAAAGAUGUGUCUAAAGGCU